AAUUAAAAGGGACUUCGAGCGACUGGGGGGCUUAUAAAGGAAUUUUCACGAGACGCUCGCAAGAGGAGGUAACUUAUUUUUUUUUAAGGAAAAAGAAGACACCCCCCCACCACCACCACCACCGUCAGUCUGUAUCGGCGUGCAACUCACCGCUCUGUUUGGAAAUAGUUGUUGUGUGUUUUUUUUUCUUGGUGUUGUUGCUGUAAUUGCUCCUACAACGCGACACUCUUGAAUUCUGCUCCUGCAGUCUGCUGCUACAGCCUCACUCCGGGCGCGACGGGGAGUUCUCGGCUCACAGUGCUCUCUGGCUCGCUGGGUGAAGACUCCGGUUACAAAGCCACGACAUCCGAGCGCUGUUCAUCUCCGGCUUGUUUCAACCCAUUGUCUAGAGAGGGUUUUUUUUUUCUCCUCUCUUGCACACCGAGUGUGUCCUCUUCAAACUCCCCCCUCUUUUCGGGAACUUACAGGCGACUGUGGGGUUUUUUUCCCACCUCCCCCCUACUUUUAAAAACGCAUUUUUUGCAUCUUUGUUUUUUGCAACAACAACAACAGCAACAAAAAGUGCUUUAACAGAUCUAUUGGGGAAUUCUUAAAAUUCUUCUAAAUCUAGGCCGCGGUUGCAGGUUUUUGGCUUCCUGUGUGUGUGUGCAUAUAUACACACACGCACCAAUACAGGAUCUCUCGCUUUUCCUCGACCCUCGACCGAGCAUGAGUCAGGCCGAGAUCUCGCCGUGCUCCGCGCCGCAGAGGGUGUUUCAGGAGGCGGUGAAGAAGGGCAACACGAAGGAGCUGCACUCGCUGCUGCAGAACAUGACCAACUGCGAGUUUAACGUGAACUCCUUCGGCCCCGAGGGCCAGACGGCGCUGCACCAGUCGGUCAUCGACGGCAACCUGGAGCUGGUCAAGCUGCUGGUCAAGUUCGGGGCGGACAUCCGGCUGGCCAACCGGGACGGCUGGAGCGCCCUGCACAUCGCCGCCUUCGGGGGCCACCAGGACAUCGUCCUGUACCUCAUCACCAAGGCGAAGUAUUCGUCGGGCGCACGGUGAGCCGCCCGGCAGGUAAUGGGGAAUCAAAACGGACACACACACACA